GACUGAGUACCUUCAAUUUUUUUUUGUUCGUGGGUUAAAUAGAAUCAAAUUGGAAAAAAUUUAAAUUUAAAAUCCAUCAUUUGCCCGCGAAAUUUCUGUUCUGUUAUCAGUGCUAUCCAAAACAAAACAAACAAGUUGCCGGCAUUUCAUUGCGAAAAUUCAUUUUUCAUUUUUUCCAAAUAAGUUGAAAGUUCACAGAAAUUGCUUUCGGUUUCGAAUACUCCAAGAGAAAGGUGAAUUAUUGAUUCGUUUCUUUCAAUUAUUUCAGGCCUUGGAAGUUUUCCUCUUUUUAGUUUUUACAAACGAAGUUGCAGAUAACGAUGACUAACGAAGGAUCACCGGAGUCUACAAUACCGGCAUUUACCGUCAAGGAGUUCGCCGAUGACCAGAAACCAGUAUCAAAACCUCUGUAUAAGUUGAAAAUCGAAGACUUACUUAGCAUUCCUGUCAACGAAGAAACUAGUAACUUUACUUUCCGAAAUCACGACAUUAGCUUAGUUAUGUUUGGAGGAAAGAUCGAAAGUAUCUGUUGCAAUGACGCCAUGUUUUCGUUUUACGUGACCGAUGGAAGCAACAAAAUUAUAUGUUUUUACAAAAGGAAGGACUGCAUCACAUCGAUAGCACCGAAUACGAUUCGAAGGAACAAGUUUUUAAAUAGAGCAUCGGAGGUAAAUGACGAUGCUGCUUCGUCCUCUGAUUCCGAUGAUUAUGAAGAUGAAAAUAUUGACGAAGUGGCUCAAGACGACCAUAUUCCCGAAGCUCUCGCUAAAGAAUCCGAAGGGAUCGUUUCAGAGGUAUUGGACUGGUUUAAUAACGAAGUAGUUCCAGCUGUUGAUGAAAAAAUCGAAAACGUGGGAGAUAUUAUCCAUGUCAGUGGUCAGUUACACGAAUCUGAAUCUGAAAGGAAAGUCAACGUGAUAGAAUUUCGAAUCGUGGAGAAUGAAAUAGAACAUAAAGAUUUUCUUUUGGAGAUGGAGUAUUUGUACAGAAAAUUGUAUUGAUUCUAAAUUACGACUUGAGACCUCCAAUUUGACGCGAAAUUUCAGAAUAAUGAAAUUUUUUAUAG